AUGCUUGAGCGAGAAGAAGGCUUGAGUGAGGAGGAGAAGAAAGAGGCGGAGCUGUGGUUUGCGAAGGAACAGUACAAAGAGUCAUUCGAUCUCGCAUAUCCCGAAGCGCCAUUAUUCAACCCAGAUGGUGAUGGAUCCCGUCUAGGGCCACCUAGAUUUCCGAGACCACAUUUUGGGAUGCCUUUCCCGUCUCAAUUUAUGACUGGCAACGUUCCACCGCUUCGUUCAACACCCAUGCCGCAUCUUCUGGAUCGCAUACCUAAACCGGCUCCCAACGGUGCCCCUGUUUAUCCGAUGGGAUUGGUCCCGAAUAGUUCUGCAUAUGGAGAGAAUGGAGGAAUGUAAAUAUGGCCGAUGGGCCCCGCCGAGUUCUACCGUUUCCUGGUGCUUCUGUUGCCUUUGAACCAGCAGCAAAUCACAGAGGCAGCGUUCAACUCAUCAGAACAGAUAGAGGCAAAUUUGAGUCUACCAGUAGUGUCGAAUCCAUCUGAGCGGCAAAAUGUACCGGCGAAUACGCAGGUGAUGCUUAUCCGCAGCGGUGACGGUAUA